UUUUAGUCAUACUUCUUUUUGCUGUUCCCAGAAAAAACAAAAUGAAGUUCUUGGUGGUGUUUGCUGCCUUAAUUUUGGUCAUCAGUGCCACAUCUGACAAGGACCAGUGGCUGCAAUUUAAGGAAAAAUAUGGCAGAUACUACAGGAAUCUCAAGGAAGAACAGCAACGCUUCUCCAUCUUCAAAGAUAACUUGGUGACCAUCCAAGAGCACAACGAGAAAUACGCUAAGGGGGAGACGUCAUACUAUAUGGGAGUCACUCCUUUCGCUGAUCUAACUCCCACCGAGUUCAUAUCCAUGCUCAACAGCUCCAGGCCCAUUCCCGACUUGAAACUGAAGCCUUUGGUCGACGUCGACGCUUCUGCUGCGCCCAGCGCUAUCGACUGGAGGGACAAGGGAGUCGUUUCGGAAGUUAAGAAUCAAGGUGGCUGCGGUGGCUGCUGGGCUUUCAGCGCUACUGGAGCUAUGGAAGCUGCCUACGCCAUCAAGACAGGAAAUCAUAUUUCUCUGAGCGAGCAGAACUUGAUCGAUUGCUCGACGAGUUACGGAAAUUCUGGAUGCAGUGGUGGAACCAUCCAUAGCGCUUUCCAGUACGUGAUGGAAGUCGGUAUCCAAGCGGAAUCUGACUACGCCUACCAAGGCAGGGAUGGUAGUUGCUCUUAUUCCCAAUCCAAGUCUGUUCUAAAAAUAUCGAAUUACGUCGCCCUUUCCUACGACAACGAAAGAGAAUUGCAAAAUGCAGUUGGUACUAUUGGGCCAGUUUCAGUAUCUAUCGACGCGAACGGCUUCCAGUUGUACUCUGGAGGAAUUUACGAUGAUUCUACCUGUACCUGGACCGUCAACCAUGGAGUCCUGGUAGUCGGCUACGGUGAGGAAUCCGGUACAGAGUAUUGGAUCGUGAAGAACUCCUGGGGUAGCGAUUGGGGAAUGAGCGGUUACAUCAAGAUGGCUCGUAACAAGAACGACCAAUGCGGUAUUGGCUUGUGGGGCGUCUAUCCUGUAAUCUAAGUGCCCGACUGACAUGUGUAAUUUAAAUGUACGAUGAAUAAUAAAGCGGUACGAUUACAAUAUUACUAUGAGAAA